AAAUAGUAGUUGUUUUUGCACGCAGUUAUAUCCCGUGGGUGAAGCAAAGGAUAAAAGUGAAUCUUACAUGGUGAAACGUAAAAUUGCAAGUGCUGUGCAAAAGGUUUUACCGGUUUUUCGUUUGAACUGAUGCGACCGACCGCCAAAGCGAACCUGGCCAUCGGCCAAGCGGCGGCACUAGCAAUCCUGGUGUCGCUGGCCACGGUUGGUGCCAUUCCGACCUCGGUGUUGGCGGACUCGAAGGAUGCCAACGGUCAUCGCGAUGUAACGGCUUCCCCGGGGCAGAACCAACUGACCACCGAUGAUGCCUCGUACAGGGACGACCGGUCGGGUCCGUCGAACCCGCAGAAGCGCGGAGUGAACCCGCUGCUCUACCGGGAGACCGAACUUCGGAACGACUUUUCCGGCAACUCCAUCCCGCAGAACGGUGCCUGGGAGGAUAUCGGUGUACCGUUGCCGGCCAUGCCGUAUCCGAUGGAGCUGUUCGAUGCACCGGUUGAGCCAGGCCCACUCGAACGGUACGGCGCGCAGCAGCAGCGAACGUACGAUGUGCUGCAGAGCCUGCUGAACCGUCCGAGCGCGUACAAUCCACUGUUCGUCGGCAGGCCCGUGUCCGGUGGGUACCCGGUACGAAUGCCCGUCGGUUCCGGUGGCGGUGGUUACGGCGAACGCAAGAAGCGCACGUUGGCAACCGGAAAAUCGCACCCCCACCUGAUGCGCCUAAAGCGCAGCUCGGGUAAGCUGUCACCGGCCGAAGUGUUUUCUCUGCUGGCUCUGAUGGAUUCGCGCGAUCCUUACCGACCAUUGUCCGACUACAUCACGGACGACCAGCCGAGCGAGGGGUUGGCUUACGCACCGAACGGAAUGUAUCCGGAUGUAGCACUACCGUUGGCCCUGGAGCAACUUCUCGGUGCUCGGGGUGGAACACUGCCGGCUGAUGGCUAUGCGUACGAUGAUGCUGGCGAGUGGAUGAACGGAUGGACGGAACCAUCGGUCGACUAUAUGGGUAUUCCGAUGGCCGAUCUGGAUGCUCUCAGUGCACUCAACGAUGGCAAAGGUUUUGGUGUAAUGAAUGGAUACCUGCCCCAGAAACGCUUCAUGGUGUCGAAGAAAAAGCGUAGCGUGUCACAGGCAGCGUCACCGAACACCGGCCACCAGCAGCAGGGAGGAACGAUACAAGCUGCCGCUUGAAGCACCACGGCCACGGAUGAAGAUCCACGCAAACAUUGAACCAGGCUCCAGACCAAACACAAAACACAAGUACCAAGGCUCACGAGAUACCGGAAAACUACACAAAUCAAUGUACCACGUGUUAAUUAUUAUUCUACGUACGCAUUAUUGUAACGCAACUAAGCAUUCCCACAUUGAGCAAAAGCAUUUAAGAGAGAGAAAAAAAAAUCAUCUUGAUGAGGCACAUCGUAAAAGCGCAAUUUUACUACUACUACUACUACUACCCAAGCAUUCCGUUUCCGACAGUACGGCACUUACAAUUACAAUUCCAUCGCCAUCGUCUAAGUUGCAAACCCGCACUGCUGUUUGGGGCGUAAUGGAGAGUUCCCCAAUUACCAUAUUGCAUACGGUCGAAAAUUAAUGUGAAGCUGAGGCUCAUUCACGGUUCAUCCUUUUGGACAUCGUUGCUGUCGUGACAUUCAGGGAUGGAUUUCGUUUCGAUCAUAUACCGGCACGGCCGUUCACGCGGAAGCGGUUAUACAAUAUAUCGUAUUGCUCUACUCUACUCACUUUCUAAACGUUGAAUGGCUACCAUUGCAGAAGACAUCCAUGUAUUGCUCGUUGUAGACUCAUACAUAUAUACAUAUAAUUAUAUACCUUAUACUACCAGAAAGCUGUGAAAAGACACAGGCACAAUGAUGAUAAUGAUGAUGAUGAUGAGGAGAAUGUUUAAUGCAUUUCAAUAUUACAUUACCUACCUACAUAAAUGUACAACCAAAAGCUACUCGAGGUUACAUUGCACGGUCGUUAGUGUAUUCCAAUAUAGAGGCUAAAUGAACGUUAGAUGUAUAUUAUCGUAUCAAUCCAUACAAGCUCCACCUAUAAUAAUUACAUUGGCGCCGGUACGCACAAACCGCGCACACAUGAUAACAUGACAAGAAACUGGCUCAGAGGUAAAUAAUGUUUAGCAUCGUAAGCACCUACCCUUUAAUCGUACAAUUAUACACUUCUAUCACUACCAUGUAAACUUGUAAACGGUAAACAAACAAGAGGCAAAAAGUAUGGCACACUAUCGAACAGCACGUGAACUGCAUAUUGAUCGACGUGGGGAAGGAUAAAACCCAACACAAAUAAGACAAAACGUUUCACCCAUAGUAUACUAUCGUAGCGAAUGAAUCUUUAUAUUGGUAACAAGUGGUUUAACAAAUAAAUGGAUAAACUGGCAAACAAACCAAACAAACCGAAACAAACAACACAGUCAAGGCGGUAAGCAUAUAACAAUUGUCGAAAACAGCUCGUUUCAAUGGAGGGCAUUUCGUCGAAUGACAGACACACGCCUAUACAUCAUGCACAUUUACGACAUGGUUCACCUAGGAACGGCAAGAGAAACAGUACAACCAAACACACAAACACACGCCUACCAGGUAGCACCACAAAGAUGGCCGGCGUAUUACUUAGGCGAAACUAUAAUCAAAACAUGAACAUGUCAAACUGCAUGAGCAUGAACCAUGUAGAAAACAAAGGAACAGAGGUUAGUGUUUUCCGCUAGAGGAGGAGCGCGUAAUGCAAGGUUUUGAACAUCGGCACCGGCCAGUGAUUGGGAAAGACUUCAACUAGUGCGUAGAGAAAGAAGAUUUCCAUUUGGACCAGUUUUCGACCCAUUUGCUAGUUCGGCUGGGAGUUAGCGGGACGAAUUGAAUGCCAAAAAAGCUAUCGAAUCGAAAGAACUCACAAAACAAACAACAAAAACAACAACAACAAAAAUAAAAGACAUUAAAAACGGUCAUUGAUUUGAACCAGAACCGUCGUGCCGAUGGUGCACGGGGAGAGUAACAUUCACUUGUCAUGUACAUCUUAUUUCCACCAUCAUAUUUGCAUGCGCCAAGUAUGGCGCCAGGCUUACGGUUGACAUUUUUUUGCCACACAAAAUGGGAAGUAAGUUGAUUGGUUUUUGUAUCGUUGUCGUUAGUGGUCACACCUGCUUUCGUUGAACACGGCUCGCAAUGGUUCUGAUAUGUGAUUGUGUUCUGUUGGCAUUUAUUA